AGCGCCUCCACGUGUGUUGUUGUCUUCGUCUUUCGUUGAGUGAACAAGAGAAACAGCGGUCGUCAUCUCUCCAGGUUGCGCCAUUGUGGCUUUUGCCACUCUGGCUGCUUGCGUCAGUCCUCAUCCACGUGAAGGGAUCCCAUUGGGGGAAUGAACGCUAUUCGUUUCUUCGGCCGUCUGUGAUGUUUCUGCUGUCUUACUCAUUCUUCUUGUGUCAUCUGGUCUUCCUUCUCGUCACUUCUCUGCUGGACAACAUGGUUUCUUCGACUCUCUAUGGUGUUCCCGUUGUCUUAUUCAUGCUUCUUGUGUCAUCUCGUCUUCCUUCUUCUCCUCACUUCUCUGUUGGACAACAUGGUUGGUCAAGAGUUUGAUGUUUGCCGCACCUUCACCCUGCUCUUUCAGCAUUUCGCGCUCUUCAGGUUUCUUCGGCUCUCUAUGGUGUUCCCGUUGUCUUAUUCAUGCUUCUUGUGUCAUCUCGUCUUCCUUCUUCUCCUCACUUCUCUGUUGGACAACAUGGUUGGUCAAGAGUUUGAUGUUUGCCGCACCUUCACCCUGCUCUUUCAGCAUUUCGCGCUCUUCAGGUUUCUUCGACUCUCUAUGGUGUUCCCGUUGUCUUAUUCAUGCUUCUUGUGUCAUCUCGUCUUCCUUCUUCUCCUCACUUCUCUGUUGGACAACAUGGUUGGUCAAGAGUUUGAUGUUUGCCGCACCUUCACCCUGCUCUUUCAGCAUUUCGCGCUCUUCAGGUUUCUUCGGCUCUCUAUGGUGUUCCCGUUGUCUUAUUCAUACUUCUUGUGUCAUCUCGUCUUCCUUCUUCUCCUCACUUCUCUGUUGGACAACAUGGUUGGUCAAGAGUUUGAUGUUUGCCGCACCUUCACCCUGCUCUUUCAGCAUUUCGCGCUCUUCAGGUUUCUUCGGCUCUCUAUGGUGUUCCCGUUGUCUUAUUCAUGUCGCCUUGUCUUUAUUUUCUCCUCUUCCCUGCUGGACAACAUGGUCAUUCGGGAGUCUGAUGUAUGCCGCACCUUCACCCUGCUCUUUGAGCACUCAGCGCUCAUCGUGUCUAUUCGUCUGCCUGUGCUGCUGCCACAAUGUCCUCUACUCCUGAUUUGUUUUCUCAUCAUCGCACUUUCUACUUCCUUCUCUAUAAAUCUUUAUAACUCAUGUAUUUCUGUCGUCUUUGGACCAGUAGUGCACUUGUUUGACAUAUCCAGUAAUAAUACUUGUCUUUCAUGUAUGUUUUUUGUUUGUCCCAUAUGGGACAUUUAGUUAUAAUAUAUAUAUAC